AUGGCCGACGGAGCCCCCCUCGCCAAGGACAAUCCUGAAGUCUCUAGGGCCCCUGCGGGCGGCUGGGGCUCGUGGGCGCCUCGGUGGCGCAAGACAAGCCCGGCAGAGGCGGCUGAGGCCGAGCGCGGCAUGCUGGACCUGCUCAAGAGCAAGGUCUUGGCCCGGGACGUGCCUGUCGGCCCCGGCAAGCAGGACUACAUUCGGACGCUGGAGGUGCAGCCGCCCGCGGGCGCAGCCGAGGGCGCGGCGACGGCUGCCCGGCAGACGCCGGUGGUGUACCUGCCUGGGUACGGCGCGGGCUCCUGCUUCCUGUGGCGCAACAUCGACGCCCUGUCGCCCCACAUGCGCCUGUUCGCCUGCGACUGGCUCGGCACCGGCCGCUCAGGACGGCCGCGUUUCUCCGCGCGCGGCCAGGAGGAGGCGGAGGGCUUUUUUACCGACAGCCUGGCGGAGUGGCGGCGCGCUGAGGGGCUGGAUGGCGGCAAGAUGGUGCUGGUCGGCCACUCCCUCGGCGGCUACCUGGCAGCUGCCUACGCGCUCAAGCACCCGGAGCACGUGCAGCACCUCGUGUUGGUCUGCCCCGCCGGCAUUCCCGAGAAGCCCGCGGGCUGGGAGUCGCGCUUCACCACCGCCGCGCCCGCGUUCCGGCGCCUGCUGUUCCGCGCGGCGGCGGGCGCCUGGGAGGCGGGCCUGACGCCGGGCGCUGUGAUCAGGGCUCUGGGGCCGUGGGGGCCGGGGCUGGUUGACAAGUAUGUAGGGGGCCGCUUCAGCUACCACGGGCACCCGCUGACAGAGCAGGAGAUCCCGGUAUUCAGCUCCUACUUUUACCACAUAGCGGCCGCCCCUGGCAGCGGCGAGUUUGCGCUGCGGCACCUGCUGGAGCCGGGCGCGUGGGCGCGCUCCCCGCUGCACAAGCGGCUGCUGGAGCUGCAGGGUGUCCCCGUGACCUUCAUCUACGGCGCCCACGACUGGAUGGACCCCAACAACGCGGUGGCGCUGUCAAAGGAGCUCGACCGCGUGCGGCCCAGGGCGGUGCCGUCUGACCACGCCGUCGAGAUCAUCCCUGAUGCCGGCCACUACGUCUUCAUAGAGCAGCCAGACGAGUUCAACAAGACUCUACUCAGGGUGCUCGCCCCCUGGCUUGGCGGCGGCGGCGGCAGCGCCGGCGGCGGCGGCGGCGGCGGCGGCGCGGUGAACGCCGGCGCGUGA